GCGCGAUCCGCUGCCAUCCUUCCUCUGCGUUCUUUUUGAGCCUGGCACUGGGAUAUUUUUGGAGAGCGAAGAGGCUGCUCUAACCCACCCUGACACUAUUGGGAGCCGAACAUGGCAGGAGCCGGAGGAGGAGGGAAUGACAUUCAAUGGUGUUUUUCUCAGGUGAAGGGGGCUGUGGAUGACGAUGUUGCGGAAGCAGAUAUAAUUUCUACAGUAGAAUUUAAUCAUUCUGGAGAAUUGCUAGCAACUGGAGACAAGGGUGGCAGAGUGGUCAUCUUUCAACAAGAGCAGGAGAACAAAACACAGUCUCACAGCAGAGGUGAAUACAAUGUUUACAGUACCUUUCAAAGCCAUGAACCAGAGUUUGACUACUUGAAAAGCUUAGAAAUUGAAGAGAAGAUCAACAAAAUUAGGUGGUUACCCCAGAAAAAUGCUGCUCAGUUUUUAUUGUCCACAAACGAUAAAACAAUAAAAUUGUGGAAAAUCAGUGAAAGAGACAAAAGACCUGAAGGCUAUAACUUGAAGGAAGAAGAUGGGCGAUAUAGGGACCCUACUACAGUCACAACAUUACGGGUGCCAGUAUUCAGACCCAUGGAUCUCAUGGUGGAAGCCAGUCCACGAAGGAUAUUUGCCAAUGCCCACACGUACCACAUCAACUCUAUCUCCAUCAAUAGUGAUUAUGAAACGUACCUGUCUGCAGAUGACCUGCGGAUUAAUUUGUGGCACCUAGAAAUUACAGACAGAAGUUUUAAUAUUGUAGAUAUUAAGCCUGCCAACAUGGAAGAAUUAACUGAGGUCAUAACAGCAGCAGAAUUCCAUCCAAACAGCUGCAACACGUUCGUAUACAGCAGCAGUAAAGGAACAAUCCGUCUGUGUGACAUGCGGGCAUCGGCACUCUGCGAUAGGCAUUCGAAACUUUUUGAAGAACCCGAAGACCCCAGCAACCGGUCAUUUUUCUCUGAAAUAAUCUCCUCCAUAUCAGAUGUCAAAUUCAGCCAUAGUGGCCGAUAUAUGAUGACUAGGGACUAUCUGUCUGUGAAAAUCUGGGAUUUAAAUAUGGAAAACAGACCUGUGGAAACGUAUCAGGUACACGAAUACCUCAGAAGUAAACUUUGUUCGCUAUAUGAAAAUGACUGCAUUUUUGACAAAUUUGAGUGCUGUUGGAAUGGGUCGGACAGUGUUGUCAUGACAGGGUCCUAUAACAAUUUCUUCAGAAUGUUCGAUAGGAACACCAAGCGAGAUAUCACUUUAGAAGCAUCACGGGAAAACAACAAGCCCCGCACCGUUUUGAAGCCCCGGAAAGUCUGCGCAAGCGGCAAACGGAAGAAGGAUGAGAUUAGUGUUGACAGUCUAGAUUUCAACAAGAAGAUUCUACACACAGCCUGGCAUCCUAAGGAAAACAUCAUUGCUGUUGCCACUACAAACAACUUGUAUAUAUUUCAAGACAAAGUGAAUUAGGGCUAGCAUUCCUAGCAGAGGAGUCCACUUCCUGCAUAGUUCAGAUAGAUGAAUCUAGCAUAUGUAACUGUUAAACAAUAGAGGGAUGAAAAUGGAGAGCGAGAGAGAAACAGAAGUCCAUUGUGGUGAACCUUUUUUCCAGUGUUUAAAAAAACAAAUGUGCCAUAUUGACAACACACUUUUAUAGAUAGCUACAUGGGUGGUCUCUGUCUGCUGGGGAGUUCUCCAUGUCUGCUAGCCAUUCUGGUGAGGGCAGGGCACUUUUUAAUGACUCCUUCCACCAUCUUGCCUAAUGGACUAGAGUUUGACUGUCUCAACACUUGGUUCCUCCAGUUUUUAUGCCUUCCAUUGUGAUGAUGUCAACCACAGGGGGAGAGAAAAGCCUUCAAGUCAUGCUGUGGGAUUUAAUUGUGUAACCUCAUUACUGUAUUUUUUGUGGCCCCAUUUUAUUAUUAAAUAACAGCUCAUUCUUGCUGUGGCUUGUAGCGUUCCUCCUCCCCCUCCCAUACUCCUCCCCCUUCCUUUUAAACCCCAUUCCUAAACCCCCCCAGCCCUGGUGGUGGUGUAUAGAGAAAAGAAAAGCACAUGAAAUGGGUCAGUGGUAAAGGGGGACUGCGUUGCAAAGAGCAAAAUGUUUUAAUAAACCGUUUGACUGUAAUCACUCCUUGCCAUGUCUGGCAUUAAAAAAUGAGAAACUCUAGGGGAGAAGAAAAAUCUACUGAAUAAAAGUGACAAAUAAUGGUGAAUCUGUUUUUUUUUUC